UGCGCUUUUGCGAUGCGAGAGGGGGCAAAGGUUAUGGUACUGUCAACAACCGUUUGCCUUUCGUGAUUGCCCUUUUGGACAGCUAUCACUAGUCACCUCUUUCUGCUGCAUAAUUUUUUUCAAAAAUCAAAUUCAGUUGCAACACUUACCCGAAAAACAUUUAAAAAUUAGUGCUUAUAGACUCUAUAAACAAAGAAUACCAGUGACAGUUCUCAAAUGAAAUAUUAGUAUAGUGUUGUGGUUUCGGAUCAGAGCAACGGUUCUCGUUCAUCAGCUAGAAUCCAAAAUGUUAAAAGUGCAUGAGAUCGAGCAAUAAAAAGAUAUACUUAUAGGAUUUUUACUACUUUUGAUGUGCCACAAAACAGAAAAUAUGGCAUCAUCAGAGACGUCAACGAAAUUGUACAGCGAAAGUCAAGCGGCGGCUCCACCUUCUUCAAGGACACUUAACUUUUCUAUAGCCAAGAUAAUGGAACCAGACAGCAAACAAAAGAAAAAAGAAACCGAAAAGGAUAAAAGUCUUAGUUUCCCGUAUUCGCCAGCGUUUGAGUCCGCUUUUAAAAAAUACGUGCCGAAUGUGCUGCGCUCGCCUGAACUUUUACAAAAUUAUCCAUUAGUCUAUUACCACCCUAGUCAGCUUAUGUUGGGGUCGGUGUCUUUGUAUUCACCUCCUGGACAAGAAAAAACUGGAAAUACGCCUUCCAUACCGCCACCACUGAAACCAUCACCAAAAAUACCACCAAGCAACAAUAACAAUAACUCGAACACAUCCUCUAAUAAUAGUUCAUCCACGCUGUUAACUCCCCCAAAACAAAAAAGUUUUGAGUGUGGAGAAUGUGGAAAAGUUUUCAAUGCACAUUAUAACUUGACAAGGCAUAUGCCAGUUCAUACAGGCGCUAGGCCAUUUGUAUGUAAAAUUUGCGGAAAAGGAUUUAGGCAAGCCUCAACAUUAUGCCGCCACAAAAUAAUUCAUACAUCUGAAAAGCCACAUAAAUGCCAUACUUGUGGCAAAGCAUUCAAUAGAUCAUCGACGCUUAAUACACAUGCUCGAAUACAUGCCGGCUAUAAACCAUUCGUAUGUGAGUUUUGUGGCAAAGGAUUUCAUCAAAAAGGCAACUACAAAAAUCAUAAACUCACCCAUAGUGGGGAAAAAGCUUACAAAUGUUCAGUAUGCUCUAAAGCAUUUCAUCAAGUAUACAAUCUGACAUUCCAUAUGCAUACGCAUAAUGACAAAAAACCAUUCACUUGUCGCGUAUGUGGCAAAGGCUUUUGUCGAAACUUUGACUUGAAAAAACACAUGAGAAAACUUCACGAAAACUCUGGCGCAGUUCUAGAACCACCAGAAUACGGUUCCGUAUCUCAAAGCGGUUCGAGUGGUACAGUUUAUCCACCAGAAAGAGAUAUCCAUCAUUUUAUUAGUCCAUUUAUGUCGGUUCCUGUAUAUACUUCGAAACUAUUGUGACCUUUGUAUUAAUAAUUUGUAUAUUUAAAUGCAGCAUAAUCUGAAAUUUAUUUUGAAGGCCUAUAUAAUUUUGUUGUUUGAUAUUUUAUUAUGGGUCAUUACAGAAGAUAUUAUCAAAGCAUUCCAUUAUCCGUCUAUAGUAUCUAGUAUAUUAUAUUAUUUAUUGAAUUUAAAAAAUAUAUGUACCUAUAUGCAGUACCUACUUUCUCCAAUAACUACUAACUACAUCGAUUAUUUACUGUAAGC